CAUUAUGGCUCUAUGCAUUCAGUUACUCUUGAUAAACUGUUUUACUUUUUUUGAAGUUUAAUCAUUCUAAAAAAACUGUAAUAAUGUCGGUCACAGAUGACCACCGGGCAGUCAAUGUGUUAAAAAAAUCUCUUAUAUUUCCAAUAAAAACAUUUUAUUGCUAAUUUUCUGGUCGUAAUUCCGAAAUAACGCUAAAAAUUUUAAGCCAGAGCAUAGCAUGGGAUCAUCAGACGAAAAACGAUAGAAAAUAGAUGAGUGUGCGGAUCGAUUGAAGAAAUUAUUGCACAUAUAUCAUAUGUGAAACGAAUACUUAAAAUGAAACAUUCAUGCACGAGAAGCUCGUGCGAUGAAUAUUUCACGACGCAAUGAACGUCAGAGAAACAACUGUGGUCUAUCCUCCUUCAAGUUCCUCGAGCAAUCCCGCAACGUAAUCAUGUAAUUUUAAAAGAGAAAUGGUUCUCGAAAGACGGACGUUACUGCUUCUCUCGCAUCUGGUGCUCGUUUCCUGUGUAAACGACAAUAUCAUGGUCCGCGAUUAUUUCAUGCACAAGGGCGUCUCCAGCAUCGUGGGAUUUUCUUGCGGCAGUCUCGAAAGUGCGCGUGAAAAAAAUACAUGUAUAUUUAUUUAUAAGUAUGUAUACGCAUUUUUGCAUUACCUUAUACAAGCAAUAUGGUUUCUUUCACGGGCAGACGAUGUAAAAUUCGCUAAGACGCUCAACGACGUUUUUGUAUUGACGGCGAUGUGGAAUUUCAACUCUGUAAUCGCGUUACCGGCGCACACCGUGAGGACGCUUUUGCAGACCAAUUAUCGCAAUUUAGGCGUUUACGUGGACGCGCGGUGCGACGAACACAAUUACACCGUGAUUUAUUCCGAGGCCACGAAGUAUCUCAUGUACGACGAGACGCGUAAAUGGCUGAUUUUGGGACGUAAGUUGAACGACACCGUGAAAUUGCUGAACGACGACGCGUUCGGUAUAGUGACCGAUGUCACGAUCGCCGUGCCGUCUCUCACCGGUUACGAUCUGUACGACGUGUACAAUCCGUGCAAAGCGCGCGGCGGUUCUUUGAAUGUUACCGCGCUGGGAUACUGGACCGAGAAAUCCGGCGUGGCGAUUAAACUUAGACAGUCGAAGUACGAGAGAAGAUCAAACUUGCACGGCAUGAAACUUCGAAUGGGAAUCUUACUGCCGCAAAAGUUCUACAACACGUCGACGGAAGAGAUCAUGAUCGAUCCCGACAUGAAAGCGAAAUACGGUCGAUCCCAAUUUCUGUACACGCUCUUGCUGCACAUGGCCGAUCUUUUUAACUUCACUGUGGAAUUUGUGGAGGUGAAUCCGAAAAAACGACAGGACAACUCCGCGCCGAUGUUUGUCGCUUUUCAGAAAAAAAUGAUAGACAUCUCGGCUAGUCCAAUUAUGAUAAAGUCAGAGAAAUUGCGAAUGGGGGAUAUCAUUGGUCCGGUGUGGCCCAUGCGAUCAGAAUGUAACAUAUACCUGACACCGCACAGCAAUGAGUUUCACACUCGUAACUAUUACGCGUAUUCGUACAGGUCCUGCUUUCUCUUCCGAACGAUAUCCUCAGCAAAUAUGAAAACGGAGCAAUUUGUGCGGCCGUUAGACGUUAAGGUGUGGUACGUGAUAAUCUGCACGAUAAUAGUCGCCACAUCGAUUUUGGUGAUAUUAAUCAGACAAGAAGGCAUUCGCAGUUGGAAAGAGGGCUACAGCAUUUCUUUUCUUUUUACCAUAGGCGCUAUGUCCCAACAAGGUAACUCGUUAACAAGCUCUUUCAGAUUUACAUUAUUUUGUCAAUUUAUACAAGUUGUAAAUAUAAUGAAAAAAAAACACGGAGGACGUUUUUUUUUGUGGAUGACUGCGUUCUUCGUAGGUUCCGUAUUCGUUCCGGAUCGUUACUCGAGCCGCAUUGCGUUUGUGCACGUCAUGAUUUUCAGCGUGUUAAUCCUGAACUACUAUUCGGCGAGCGUCGUAUCAGACCGGUUGAAGAACAUAGACGAGAAAAUGAGCGACUCGCUGAUCGACUUGGCAAACAGCAAUCUUAAAGUAGCGGCUGAACCCACGCCAUACGUUAAUUCCUUUUUACAGUCAACGGAAGAGGAAGUGCGAUAUUUCAUCGCGAAACGAUGGGACAAGAUACCGGAGGCAAAACGGUACUUGCCGCUCGCGGAAGGUUUGAAUCGCGUGGCUAAGGGCGGCUUGGCUUAUCACGCGUCGGUCGAUUCCGCGUAUUCGUACAUCGAUCGACAUUACAAUUCACGAAUGAUAUGCGAGCUGACGGAGGUCCACCUCUUCCGCACGGUCUUGGCGCUUUGGGCCAGACACAGGAGCCCGUUCACUCCGCUAUUGAAAAUCGGCUUAGCUAAGAUGUACGACGUGGGUAUAAGAAAGCGACAACUGAAGCGCUGGUCGGCGAGGAAACCCUUUUGCCCGAGGAACAUGUUGGUUGCCGAACCGCUGUCGAUUCAAGAAGCCACGCCGGUCUUCGUGUUUAUCGGCAUUUCCAUCGCGCUGUCCUUAGUGAUCUGCAUAGCGGAGAACCUCAUUUAUUGGAUGCGGUCUGACGACGACCGAUCAAUACCUACAGAGAAACUACAAAAUAUACAGCAGAAUCUACGCCUAGCGGAAUUGACGAAACGCAUACCCAUCGCUCAGGAAAAAAUUUUCUCGCGUGAAUAA